AUGGUCUUCCUCCGCUUUGCUCAGGCGGCGAGACAGCCCAUUUCCUCUCUGCCAAGCACGAGCACUGCUAGAACGUUUUCUGCCCUGGCACCAACAAGGUCCAUCUAUGUCGGUUGCGAAGCAUCGGCAGCUCCCUCAUCGCUGCGAGCACAAGGUCGCUGUCAAGCAGCUGAGAGUACGAGAUCAAACCUGCUGCACACACAAGGAGGGCGUUCAAUUUUGAGAAAUCAAGGAAAAGGCACAGGGUUCUCUUCAGCCGUGCCCAGCGGCGCACGCACUCUGUCGCUGUGGUCGUUUGGGAGAUCCGGCAACAACUACGAGGCUGCCAAGGAAGCAGGCGCCAGCAGGGCACACUCGGGGGAGUUUGCAGCAGCCGAUGGAGCCUACGUCCCACCACAGGGCGCAGAGGCAGCGUCAAGAGGGACGCCAGACGCACCUGCCACGUUGGGAGAUGCUCUGCAAAGCUCGCGCGAGGCGGUCGGAGACCUGGCGCAUCAGAUUGGGGAUGCUGCACAAGCGUCGAGCAGUGGAGCCCUGAAUAGUGGUGCGGACGGCGCCGCAUCAAUGACGGCGCUCUCGGAUGGGGUCACUGGGCUGGCCCAACAAGCGGUGCAGCAAGCUGAGCUUAUAGACUUGGCAGCCAUUCAACAAAAUCACUGGUUUCUGGUGUCUAGUGCACAGGGGCUACUCGAGAACGUACACAUUUGGACAGGGCUACCCUGGUGGAGCACCAUCGUGCUCACCACCAUUGCCAUGCGUCUCAUGAUUUUACCCAUCACUGUGCGGGGUCAGACCAGUGCCGUCCGCUUGGGUAACAUUCAGCCCAAGAUAAAAAUUGUAAUGGCAGACAUGGAAAACGCCAAGAAGAGCGGCGACAUAAUGCUGCAAGCAAAGAGCCAGAAGGCGAUGGUCAAGCUAUUCAGGGACAACAAUACCCACCCCUUCAAGCCCCUAAUGACUCCCCUUGUUCAAAGCCCGUUGUUCGUUACUUUCUUCUUGGCAGUACGAGGAAUGGGCGGAGGAGGCUUGUCGACGAUGCAGGAUGGAGGAUUCAGCUGGGUCACAGAUCUUACAGCGGCGGAUCCGUACUAUGUCCUUCCCGUCUUGGGUAUGCUGGCGACUUGGAUCACCUUGGAGACCGGUGCCGAAAUCAGUGGAAAUCCGCAGACUAGCAACAACAUCGCCAUGCGAAAUAUACUGCGAGGCGGGCUAGCGCUCUCCUUCUUCUUCUUCUAUCAUCUACCUGCUGUGAGUUUCAUGGCGCUACCACCCAUUUCUCAGUCCGUCCGCAUGCUCCGUGGCUCAUCAGACUUGACCGACUUCGACAGGCGGUAUGGGUCUACUGGGUAACCAAUAA